CCACGAAGGAGUGUUGAAGUGUGAUAACUUGUGUGUCAGUUGUAUUCACCCUUUUUAAACUUUAUUAAGACCGACAGAGUGCAGAGUCAGUCCGUGAGUCAGUCGACGCACACAGAGGAGCUUUAAACGUACAUACAGCUUAUAGAUGGAUUAAACUGCGAUAUUUUGGACCUAAUGGAACAGAUGGCAGUCAGGACGCUCCACAGGAACCCUCUGCAGGCUGCGUGGCUGUGUGGUCUGCUGGCUGCUCAGGUGCUCAGCUGUCCAGACUCCUGCAGCAAGUGUUCAGGCCCAGAACAUGACCAGUGUGAGCAAUGCAGAGCAGGAUGGACACUCCACAAUAACACCUGUGUAGACAUUGAUGAGUGUGGCACUGAGCUGGGUAUCUGUCCUACAAACAGAUACUGCUUCAAUACACAGGGUUCGUUUGAGUGCAGAGAUUGCGACCCGGCCUGUGUGGGCUGUAUGGGCAGUGGACCAGCACGCUGCAGGAAGUGUGCCUCUGGGUACUCACUGACAGGGUCCAAAUGUUUGGAUAUAGAUGAAUGCAGUGACAGGGUACUUGCCUGCCAUGGUCUGGAUGAGAUCUGUACCAAUACAGAAGGCUCUUUCCGCUGUGACUGUGCUGAGGCAUUCAUCCACAAAGAUGGUGUCUGUGUGAAGAAGCAGCAGCCUCGCGUUCAGGACAAAGGUCUGUUUGAGGAUAUCCAGGACGACGAGGUAGAGGUGCUGCAGCAGAUGUUCUUCGGGGUGGUGCUUUGUGCUCUGGCCACACUAGCUGCCAAAGGAGAUAUGGUCUACACAUCUGUAUUUAUGGGGGCAGUGGCAGCCAUGGCAGGGUACUGGCUUUCUGACAGGGGGGACCGUUUGUUAAACAACUUUGUCAGCGGACGUUAACACAAAUAGUACAUGCUGUAUGCCAGCAAAUUAAACAAUCACUGUUCAGAAAAUGCAACUGAAUCGUGCGCAUUCACGUUUGUUAUAAACAAUAUUAGUUUUUGAUAUGAAAGUAUUUUGCUCUGAAAGAUGGUCAUAUUUGUCACUCUUUGCUCUCAGUUAGAGAAAUUGUUGUGGCAAACUUUUAAGCACUGAACUAUCAUGAACAAAAAUGUAAAAAAUACUUGAGGGUAGGUAAGAACGGAGAAACCAGCAUUUAUUCAAAAACGAGUAAGCUAGAAUUUGAAAGUACACAACCGAAAACAAAUCUGCCCCUUCCUUCAGACUUCCUUACAUAGCCCCUCCUCUAACACACACGAAUGCGCACAUGACCAAUGAGGGCACGAGAUGGAAGGCUGACAGGCAGGUAGGCCAUCCAAUUAUCUGCCGCGGGCCGAGGCAGAUAUUUGGACUUGCUUUUUACAGCGCCACGGCUUCCACAGAUGAAAUAUUUAUAUAUAUUUAUUGUCAAAGCAUUUAAUUUAUUCCUUGCUAUCAGGAUGUUAAGAGCAUUCCAUGGAAUAUAACAAGUGUUUCUGAAGUGAAUUACCUACCCCACCUUUAAGGUGUUUGUGCAGAACCAACCUUUCCUUUUAAUAGGAAACAUUUUAAUAAAAUUCAAGUUUUAGUUACAUGAACCUGGAGAAGUGACACUUUUCUCUGUCCCUGCAGCUUCUCUCCGCUAACUACAUAUUUGUCUUUCCCCCACUGGCUUGGAUGUUCUUUACAUGUUUUGAGUUUUCAUUAAGUCUGUGGUACCGAGCUUCUCAAAAGGAAUGUGGUUGUUUAUUCUUGACCUUUAAAAAUGUAGUUGACAAACCUUUAUUUAAGGCACACCUACCAGUUUAUAGUCUGGAGAUUCUUAACCUUAUUUUACAGUCUGUGGAUUGAGUUGGUUCUGUUGUCAACACAAUCUCCAGUUACUGGAAGACUGCAAGGUUUAGUAGAAAGUUGUUAUGGUGUUAGACAUUUUUCUAGCUUUAGAUGCCUUGUUUUGGUAUUUGGUGCCAACAAAAUAAAAUGUUAUUAACUAUACAUAGAUUUAAAAAUAAUUUACUGCUUGCUUGGAUUUUCUCCCAAUACUGUAUCAAUGACAUUGUAUUUGUAUUCACGAAAAAUAAAGUUUGUACCUGUUCUACAA